AUGUCUCAUGUUGCAGCUAGCUCAUCCGCCGGCGACGGAUCCUCUGGGGGAUCCUCUAAAAGGGCCCCCCGAGGGGCAGCAUGUCUCAACUGCCGCAGACGCAAGAUGAGGUGCGACGGUACUCGCCCUAUCUGCCUCCAGUGUGUCCGCACCGGUAGGGAGAACGACUGCGAGUACACCGACGGGCCCGACCUCAGUCCCACCCAGCAGCUCGAGGAGCAGAUCGUUCGACUAGAGACUCGUAUCCGCGAGCUUGAACACCCUGAACUCGUCCCGCCUUCCGUCGUGCUCAACCCCACCCAAGGUCCAGGUUCGAUGCCGUCUCCCCCGAUUAGACCUUUGCUAGACAUCAGCCGUGUCGGCAGCCCUGCACCCUUGCCGGCCAUGUUCGGGAUGAAUCUGCCCGCCCUGUCCCAGGACCCAAGUGUAGAACUUCCUGCCGACCUGGUGCGGACCCUUAUCAACACGUUCAUGCCAUGCGCCGGCUCUCUAAACUUCUUCAUCAACAUUCCUCGCUUCAUGCACGCCCUCCAGCUUCCGUACGGAGAUCCUCGCCGAGCGCUGCUUUCUCCUGCUCUUUUGAAUGCCAUCUAUCUAUGGGGAGCGCAUCUAUCCAGCACCCCAAACGUCCGCGCGUACGAGGCCGUCCUGUUGGAGCGGGCCAAGGCCGCUCUAGCGACGUCGGUCCGAGAGCCCUCCGCGGCCGUGGUGUACCUCAUCCAGGCCGAAGUCCUCGUUGCGACCUACUUUUUCACCAUGUCUCGUUUCCUCGAGGGUCGCUACCACAGCAGCGCUGCAGUCGCCCUGACACUAAGCUGCCGCUUGACGAAAAUCCGGAGUUCGACGGAUCAGCACGGCGCACCCAUGGGGCUGACUUCCCACAGGCGCGCUCCUUCGAUCCCUCCGCCCCGCGACGCUAUCGAGGAGGGCGAACGGAUCCAGGCCUUCUGGUUUGUCUAUGCGCUCGACAAAGCCUGGGCCGUUGCCCUCGGCUCCCCGCCGCACUUCAACCACAAUGGCUCUCAUGUCGACACCCCCUGGCCGCUCGAAAUGGCGCAGUAUGAAGCGGGCGGGAUGCCUCCUGGCUUCCGGAGCUCCCUGACAAUCAACAACUUUCUCGUGGGCGGCGCGACUGCCCCAACCUCUGUUAUGGAAUCGAAGCUCUCCCUCCGCGCCAAGGCCGCGACGCUCUUCGAGCGUGCGACUCACCUGUCAGCGCAAUGGACGUCUCCGACAGUCGACCGGAACGAGUUCUUCGCGCGCUACGUCGCGCUGGAUGCGCUGAUCGAUCGCUUCACUUCUUCUCUUCCUCCAAUUGACCGCUCGACGCCUGAUGCCGCGCUGACCUGCCUCGUCACACAUACCCUCGCCUAUGCGGCAACCAUCCAGAUCCGGAGCAGCUUCAAGCCGCUGGACCGCAUGAACGACCACAAAGACCUCGCCGCCGCGGAGGCAGCCGCGACGGUACUCGAAAACCUCAACCUCCCUCCGACGAACAUUGAUCCCAUCCUUGCGAUUCUCUGGACCGCAGUCUGCCGCACGCUCAUUGGUGAGAUACUCCGUGGUCGAACGCAGGCGCAUUCCUCAUCGCAGUCCUUUGCCUUACCGGGUCCCUCUACAUCCACCGCCCUCUCGGGUUUCUCUGAAUCGUCCGCCCGGGUCAACCCCACGCCCGCAAACGCCCCAGACGCUGGCCCAACGGGACCCCCCGCCGCCCGCGCGGUGCUCGAUCGGAUCCUUGCCGUGAUGAACCGCUCCCGGGAGGCGUGUCCGCUGAUGGGUAUGAUCCACGAUGGCUUCGCCAUUCUCCAAGACGCGAUGUAG